CGCAGGAAGAGCGCGCUGACACUCCGGAGCCACAGCAGCCGACACAGCCACCGGAGCUGCCCAGUCUGGCUCGGCUCAGCUGGGGCGGACACCGGGAACCAGGGACGCCACCGGCCGCAGAUCUGAAGAAGGCAAAGUUGAAAACACAUUUACAUACAACCAGGAGACAGUUUUCUAGAUUGAGUCAACUUUGAAGGCUUUGCCAUGGUUGACACAGAGAUGCCAUUUUGGCCCACCAACUUUGGGAUCAGCUCCGUGGAUCUGUCUGUCAUGGAUGACCACUCCCACUCCUUUGACAUCAAACCCUUCACCACUGUUGACUUCUCCAGCAUUUCCACCCCACAUUAUGAAGAUAUUCCAUUCACAAGGGCUGACCCAAUGGUUCCUGAUUACAAGUAUGACCUGAAACUCCAGGAGUGUCCAAGUGCUAUCAAAGUGGAACCCCCAUCCCCUCCUUAUUAUUCAGAAAAAACUCAGCUCUACAAUAAGCCCCACGAAGAGUCCUCUAACUCCCUUAUGGCCAUCGAAUGCCGAGUCUGUGGGGAUAAAGCUUCUGGCUUCCACUACGGAGUGCAUGCUUGUGAAGGCUGCAAGGGUUUCUUCCGGAGAACAAUCCGUUUGAAACUUAUCUAUGACCGGUGUGACCUGAACUGUCGGAUCCACAAGAAGAGUAGAAAUAAAUGUCAGUACUGCAGGUUUCAGAAGUGCCUUGCUGUGGGGAUGUCCCAUAAUGCGAUCAGGUUUGGGCGGAUGCCACAGGCCGAGAAGGAGAAGCUGCUGGCGGAGAUCUGCAGUGAUAUCGACCAGCUGAACCCAGAGUCUGCUGAUCUCCGGGCCCUGGCAAAACAUCUGUAUGACUCAUACAUCAAGUCCUUCCCUCUGACCAAAGCCAAGGCGAGGGCGAUCUUGACAGGAAAGACGACAGACAAAUCACCAUUUGUUAUUUAUGACAUGAACUCCUUAAUGAUGGGUGAAGACAAGAUCAAGUUUAAGCACAUCACGCCCCUGCAGGAACAAAGCAAAGAAGUAGCCAUCCGCAUUUUCCAGGGGUGUCAGUUCCGUUCCGUGGAGGCUGUCCAGGAGAUCACUGAGUAUGCCAAGAACAUUCCGGGUUUUGUCAACCUUGACUUGAAUGACCAAGUGACCCUCUUGAAGUAUGGUGUCCAUGAGAUCAUCUACACUAUGCUGGCCUCCUUGAUGAAUAAAGAUGGAGUUCUCAUAUCUGAGGGUCAAGGAUUCAUGACGAGGGAGUUUCUGAAGAGCUUGAGGAAACCCUUUGGUGACUUUAUGGAGCCUAAGUUUGAGUUUGCUGUAAAGUUCAAUGCACUGGAAUUAGAUGAUAGCGACCUAGCAAUAUUUAUAGCUGUCAUCAUCCUCAGUGGAGACCGCCCUGGUUUGCUAAACGUAAAGCCCAUUGAGGACAUCCAGGAUAACUUGCUGCAGGCCUUGGAGCUCCAGCUCAAGCUGAACCACCCCGAAUCCUCCCAGCUGUUUGCCAAGUUGCUUCAGAAAAUGACAGACCUCAGACAGAUUGUAACAGAGCACGUGCAGCUGUUGCAAGUCAUCAAGAAAACAGAGACGGACAUGAGCCUUCACCCACUCCUACAAGAAAUCUACAAGGACUUGUAUUAGCACAGGAGUCCUGACCCACUGACAGCGUGUUCCUUCUUCCAAUUGCACUAUUUCUUUGAGGGAAAACAUGACAUGCCUAAGAAAUUACUGUGAAAAAAAAAAGCAUUUUAAAAAAGGAAAGAGCUUUAGAAUAAUAAGGUCUAUUUUAUGCAUAUUGUUUUUAAAAGACACAUUUACAAUUUACUUUUAAUAUUAAAAAGUGACUAUAUCAUGAAAUUGCUGGCAGUAUUUGGAGAAUGAGUCUGGUGUUCUGGGGUUGUGUCUUGUUUUCGUUUUUAUUUCAGCCUCUCUUUUUUUCACAGUAUUCUGAUUAUUUUUUUAACUGUGGAUGGCACUGCCCAUAAAUCUUCAUCUUAAAAUAAAUUAAUUUCUUUGACUCCAUCUACAGGAACCAUUCUAAAACAUCUGAUAUCAUGUGUUCCUAAAGACCCCUGGGGAUUCUACUGUGGCCCUCUCAAAAUUUGUAUUUCUCAAUCUGGAUUGGAUUAGAAAUCAGGAGUAGACUCUUUCCUAGGAUGGUGGACUUUAUUAAGAAGCCAGCCUUUUUUUGUGACCCUGUACCUAGUUUCCAAUGCUAUGAGAUGCACCCUAUAUAUGCAUCCUGUGCAUAUGUUAUAAAUGUGCUCCAUGAUCCAAGAUCUAGAAAUAAAAAAAAAAAAGACCUCAGAGGUCAACUAGUUCAAUCCUCCUAUUUUAUGGAUGAGGAAACUGAGGCAGAUAAAAGUGAAUUGCCCAAGGUAACGUAGGGAGAAGGCAGGAUUUGAACCCAGUCCCAUUUAUCUCUUGAACCAGUGCUCUUUCAACUAUACCGUAUUGCCUCCUUCUCUGUCAUCUGAACAUCUAUUGUAUACUCAACACUGUGCUAGGCACUGUGGGAGAACUGAAUGACAUAGUCCCUGCCCUUAAGGUUAGAAUCUCCUUGAAAAGAUAAAACCAGCAUUCAUGCAUACAUUCAACAAGCCUUUGCUAAGCACCAGUUAUCUGCCAGGUACUGUACUUGGUACUGAGAAGACGAAUAGAAAAAUGAAAACUCCCUGUUCCAAAGACCUUACAUUCCACAAGAGGAAACCAAAUGGACCCAGAUGAAUCAUUACAAAAUAUAAGUCAUUUCCAGAGGAGAGAAUCCUAGCAACUGAGGAAAAUGAGAAAGGGCUUGGAUAUGAGAUGAGUAUUAAGCUGAGUAUGAAAAGAAGUUAGAGAGUCUAAGAGGCAGAGGUGAGGAGGGAAUUCAUUCUAGGUGAGAAGGACAGCCAUUUCAAAGGCCUGGGGGUAGGAGAUGGAAUGUUGGGCACCAUAGGCGACUAGCUAGCACUUAUCCUGCAUGCAAGGGGAUGAGGUAAAAACAACUUGGGAAGACUGGAUGUAGUUAGAUUUUCAAUGGAGAGAUUGUUCUAGAGAUGACAAAGACUUGCUAAAGCUUCUCUAGCAGGGAAAUGACUUGAUUAGACUGUGCCUUAGGAAUAUUCACUUGAUGGCUAUAAGGAAGAUAGAUUGGAGAGAGGAAAGAUGAGGCAGAGAGACCAAUUAGUAGGCUAGUAAAAGAGUCUGAGUAAAAGUGAGUGAGGGCCUAAUCAGAGAGACAGUGGUGUGAAUGAAGAGAAGGCAACAGAUGAGGGGGCCAAAUCAACAAGACUUGGAAACAGGUUAAAUGUAGGAAAGGAUAGAGAGAAGAGUUGGGAAAGUUCUGAGAUAACAAAUGUCAGUGAGUGACUGGAAGAAUGAGGGUGUCCUUAACAAUCAUAGGCCAGUUAGGAAGAGGGGAGUGGGUUAGAGGGGGAAAAUGAUUAUUAAGUUCUAUUUUGAAUAUGUUGAGUUUUAGAUGCCUGGUAAUGUGUAAUUAAGGGCCAAGUGAGUGGAACAAGCCAUAAGUGUAAGAGGAAUCCAGAAGAGGCAGGGAUCACUGAGAACUGGAGUCUCAAAAGGCUACUGAAGUAGGUUAGAGUUAAGCUAGACCUAGGACAGAGGUUCUUAACCUUGGGGAACGGGGCAUGGAGCCCUUUGGUAGUUUGAUGAAACCUAUGGACCCCUUCUCAGAAUAAUGUUUUUAAAUGCCUAAAAUAAAAUAUCACAUGAUUACAAAGGAAACCAAUAAUGAAAUAUAUUUGUCAGAAUAUUUUUUUUAAAGUUCACAAACUCCAGGUUUAAGAACCUUUGGGGAAAGAUGGCUUUGAUUUUGGUAGAGAAAUAUGAGAGAGAGCAUUGCAGGGUUUUUUUAAAAAGCAUAAACAAAGGUACAGAAGUAAAAGGUAGUAAGAGAAGUAACCUGACCUUUCAGGUUCUCCUAGCCAUGACCACUCCUGGCACCAGAACCCUCUAGUUCAUGCUUAUGUCUUGACUAUAUUUACCCUAACUUGCCUUCAUAUAUCCACUGUGGGAUCUCUCUCCUCAGAACUCACAGCUUUUACCGUCUAAUUGUUCAUUUAGUGGCCCAGUUGAGGGCAACUACUGCUUAUCUAAGCCCUUGAGUCUUGGUGCUUUUUUCAUGCCCCUCACCAGUGUUCUUUCCCUUCUCAAAUUUUCUUUGAGCAUCUUGAACCUCUGUCCCUGUUACCCUCUAUCUUGUAUUAUUAUAUUUAUCUGAAAUAGGAAUGGGUAUGUUGGGGAUAUAUGUUGUAUCCCCCAAUAGACUGGAAGCUCUUUGAGGGCAGGAACUGUCUUUUUUUUUUAAUCUUUGUAUCCCCUGCACUUAGCACAGUGUUUUGCACAU